ACUAUUUAUCCGAUUUACUCCAGUAAAAUUACUGACAGCCUUAACGGGCAGCCCACUUGCGGCUUCGUAAAGCUUGUGAGCUUCGAAGAACUGCAUACAUGGUUUACGCUUCCUAAAGAUACCGAUGGGUAACCUCACUGAAACACCCGGUAACGUGACGAACCGGUUCGUCCAGCCGCCGUGGAGGGUCGCGCUGUGGUCCGUUGCCUAUGCGGUAGUUCUACUGGUGUCGCUCCUCGGGAACCUGACCGUGAUCUGGAUCAUCGCGGCGCACAGGCGGAUGCGCACCGUCACCAACUACUUUCUACUGAACCUGGCUUUCUGCGACGCCUCUAUGACUGCUUUCAACACUCUCGUUAAUUUCAUAUACGCUCUACACAGUCAGUGGUACUUCGGAAACUCUUAUUGCAAGUUUCACAACUUCUUUCCUGUAGCGGCGGUGUUUGCCAGCAUCUACUCGAUGACCGCAAUAUCUGUGGAUAGGUAUUUGGCCAUUAUUCACCCUCUGAGGCCCAGACUGUCAGCCACAGCCACCAAGCUGCUCAUUCUCUGCAUAUGGGCCAUGGCUGUCGCUCUAGCUUUUCCACUGUGCUACUACUCCUGCACCAAGACCCGCCCGGAGCGGACACUCUGCUAUGUGGCCUGGCCACGGCACUCCCAAGACAGCUUCCUGUAUCAUAUUAUUGUGACUGUUUUGGUCUAUGUACUGCCCCUAGUGGUAAUGGCUAUCACCUACACCAUUGUAGGAAUUAAUUUAUGGGGAGCAGAAAUUCCUGGAGACACAUCAGGAAAUUACCAGGAACAACUGAAGGCCAAGAGGAGGGUGGUGAAGAUGAUGAUUAUCGUUGUGGUGACGUUUGCCUUCUGCUGGUUGCCCUACCACAUUUACUUCAUCGUUACUGGGGUAAACAAGUUGCUGAGCCGAUGGAGGUACAUCCAGCAGGUUUACCUCUCUGUGCUGUGGCUGGCCAUGAGCUCCACCAUGUACAAUCCCAUAAUCUACUGCUGCUUGAACAGUAGGUGA